AUGUCAAAUUCCAAUAUUAAUAACAAGAAAUUUACAGGGCCAAACUUGAAUGUCACAUUAAUUUGUCCUGAUUGCAAGCAGUUCCCACCAGAUUUAAUAGAAAGAUUCAGCGAAGGUGAUAUAAUAUGCGGUCAAUGUGGACUAGUCCUAAGUGAUCGAAUAGUUGAUACUAGGUCAGAAUGGAGAACUUUUCAAAAUGACGAUAAGAAUACAGACGAUCCGUCUCGUGUCGGUGAUGCCAGUAAUUCAUUAUACGAUACCGAAGAUUUGACGACUAUGAUUUCAUAUGCUCCUAAUUCUAAUUCCGGCAGCUCCAAGAAUAGCUUGAAUAAAAUCCAACAGAAAAGCCUUGUCGACAAAAAGAAUUAUGCACUACAGACAGCUUAUCAGAAGAUUUCCGAACUAUGUAAUGGUUAUCAAUUACCUAAAUCAGCCAGCGAUGCAGCCAAACAUUUAUAUAAAGCAGUGAGAGAAGAUAGAUUGUUGAAAGGAAAAACUCAGGAUUCAAUCAUGGCUGCCACUAUCUUGUUGGGAUGUAGAAGAGCUGAUGUCCCCAGAACUUUAGAGGAAAUCAGAGCAUUAACAAAUGUCCCAACAAAACAAAUUGCCAAAGUUACUGGGUUGAUAAAAAAAAUAAUUCGUUCACAUCUCAACAACGAUGAUGCAUCAACAUCGAUAGUGGAUGAAACAAGUAGUUUGACUACCCAUUCUGCAGAGGAUUUAAUCAGAAGAUUUUGCUCUCAUUUGGGGUUAAGUUUGGCUAUAACCAGUGCAUCUGAGUAUGUCGCUAGAAAGUGCCACGAUCUUGGAGUACUAGCUGGUAGGUCACCAACAACAAUAGCUGCAACAUCAAUUUUCCUUGCUGCAAAACUGCUUGGUGAUACUAAAUUGACACAACAGCAAAUAAGAGAUAAAACAGGUGUCAGUAUUGGAACAAUUAAAAACUCGUACAAAAUAUUACAAGAAAAUGCAAAAGAUUUAAUAGAUCCCGCCUGGGAAGCCAACAGCAAAGUAAAAAGGGAGAAUACCCCCAAAAGCUAA